AUGGUUUGGGGCUACCGGUUAGUAAUCCCAGAAGUAUUGCGGGAAAAGUUAUUACGGGAGCUACAUGUGGGACACAUGGGUAUUGUAAAAAUGAAGAGUAUGGCGCGCAGUGUCAUGUGGUGGCCGGGCAUCGACGCGGACGUGGAGCGCACCUGCAGGAGCUGCGGCACGUGCGUGGCGGAGAGCUCGGCGCCGCCGCGCGCGCCGCCGCAGCCCUGGCGGUACUUGACGGACGUCUGGACCAGAUUACAUAUUGAUUUUUUGGGACCCAUACAGGGUAGGACAUUUUUGAUUCUUAUCGAUUCUACUUCUAAGUGGUUAGAGGUUUUCCAAAUGCAGUCGACCACGGCGAAAGCUGUAAUAAAGGUAUUAAGAGAGACUUUCUCGCGUUUCGGUUUACCACGAGAAGUAGUUUCGGAUAACGGACCACCUUUUACAAGUCAAGAGUAUAAAAGUUUCAUGACACAUAAUCGGGCCAAGGUCACUUUUGCGGCCGCGUACCAUCCGGCUUCCAACGGGGCUGCCGAGGGGGCAGUCAAGUUGUGCAAGCGGGCUAUUAAAAAGGCUAUGCGGGAUGGUGGCGAUAUAGAUGCAGCGUUGCAGGCUUACCUUCUAGCGUAUCGGAAUGUAGCACAUAGUACCACAGGGGUAUCACCGGCAGAGCUAUUGCAGCGUAGGAAGCUUCGUUCCAGGCUAGACUUGUUAAAGGAUGGAUCGGUAGAAGACAUGUAUGAAAAUUAA